GCUUUGCUCUCGCCUCUCACUGUCAAUAGCCUAUUAAAAUCCAAACAACAAAAGCCCAGAUCCUAAUCUCCUCAUCAUAACCUGUACGCCAAAACCUUUCCUAUAAUUCCAUGUCAUCAGGUGAAGGACGAAAUUUAAGGGCUUCCAUUUCAAGCGCACCACAACAAAUCCUUUUUCCAGAUCCACGGUAAGUCUUCCUCGCUACUUUCUUCUUCUUCUUCUUCCCCAAAACCUCCCUCUAAAAAAUCAUGGCUAUAAGCCUAUAACCAAAUAAAUGGGUAUCCGGUGACCGGAGGGAUUCGAAAACAUGGAGUGCGAACUCAAAGACCUCAGUCCGACGCAAGGCGAAUCCAAUCCCCAACCGCCGCAACCACCACAAAGAUCCGAGUCCGCCCACGACGAGGGCUCGACCAAAGACGACCGUCCGCUUCUCAAGCCCGAGCCCGCCGCCUCCGUCUCCCAAGAGAGCCUCCAAGAGCUCGAGAAGAAAUUCGCCGCGUACGUUCGGCAUGACGUGUACGGACCAAUGGGCCGCGGUGAGCUGCCAUUGGAGGAGAAGGUCCUUCUGGGCAUCGCGCUGGUGACGCUGGUGCCGAUACGCGUGAUGGCGGCGAUGACCAUAUUGGUGUUGUACUACGCGAUUUGCAGGAUUUGCACGCUGUUCUCGUCGCCGAAUCGGGAGGAGGGCGACCAGGAGGACUACGCGCACUUGGGCGGGUGGAGGAGGAACGUGAUUGUCCAGUGUGGGAGGGCCCUCUCCAGGGCCAUGCUUUUCGUUUUUGGGUUUUAUUGGAUCAGCCAGACGUACCGGAUUCCUAAUAGUCACGACAAAUCAUCCACCGUUCAGAAUGAGGGCAAAGAUGAGUCCGACGAGCCCGAAAGACCUGGGGCAAUUAUAUCGAAUCAUGUGUCCUACAUAGAUAUAUUGUAUCACAUGUCUUCCUUCUUCCCGAGCUUUGUUGCUAAGCGAUCAGUGGCUAAGCUUCCUCUAGUGGGUCUCAUCAGCAAGUGCCUCGGUUGUGUUUAUGUCCAGCGGGAGUCAAGGUCAUCUGACUUCAAGGGUGUUUCAGGUGUUGUGACUGAAAGAGUUAAAGAAGCUCAUCAACAUAAGUCUGCUCCAAUGAUGAUGCUUUUUCCAGAAGGGACAACUACAAAUGGAGACUACCUCCUGCCAUUCAAGACAGGUGCAUUUUUACCAAAAGCACCAGUGCUUCCAGUGAUUCUAAGAUAUCCUUGCCGAAGAUUUAGUCCUGCCUGGGAUUCAAUCUCUGGGGUGAGACAUGUCAUUUUUCUACUCUGCCAAUUUGUAAAUCACUUGGAGGUGAUACAAUUACCUAUUUACCACCCCUCCGAGCAAGAAAAGGAUGAUCCAAAACUUUAUGCUAGUAAUCUUAGAAGGUUGAUGGCAAGUGAGGGUAAUUUGAUACUGUCAGAUAUUGGACUGCCUGAGAAGCGAAUAUAUCAUGCUGCUCUCAAUGGUAAUAAUAGCCUGCCUAGUGUUUUGCAUCAGAAAGACGAUUGAUAAUUUCAUGGCUUCGCUCCCAAAUGAUUUCUUGUCCCAGUUGAGUUUCUUAGUCUCAAUUGGCAUUUGCUCAUGAAUGCACAGGCAUUAGCUGGGCGUGUACUCACCCAUUUAGAUGGACAUUGGCGUGCUGUUAUCGCCUUGUAACAUUCUUACAUAAAAUAUGGCCGUUAAAUACUGUUUUAAUGUGCUGAUGGAUCUCUUCUAUAAAUUUAUAACAAUACUCAAUAAUUUUAUGUCUCGAAACCCUUCUAAGACAGAAGUAUGCAUCUGUAAAUCUGAAUCAUCUCUUUCG